CUCAGAUCAGAAGCAGCUUUGAGCUUUAAUUAUCCAUGUUGGCAAAUAAUUGUUCUUCAGUUCCUUCUUUGGAGCUAUUUACCAACAAUAAGAAGAAAAGAAGACCUGCAGGAACACCUGAUCCAGAUGCGGAGGUGGUUUCUCUGUCGCCUAAAAGACUGCUGGAAUCAGAUCGUUACAUAUGCGAGUUUUGCAACCAAGGAUUCCAACGGGACCAAAACCUGCAGAUGCACAGGCGGCGACACAAGGUUCCAUGGAAGCUUCUCAAGAGGGAGACCCCAGUGGCGAGGAAGAGGGUGUUCGUGUGCCCCGAGCCGAGUUGCCUGCACCACGACCCUUGCCAUGCUCUUGGCGAUCUGGUGGGGAUCAAGAAACACUUCAGGCGGAAGCACAGCAACCACAAGCAAUGGGUUUGCCAGAGAUGUUCCAAGGGCUAUGCUGUUCAGUCCGAUUACAAGGCCCAUCUUAAAACCUGUGGCACCCGAGGCCAUUCUUGUGACUGCGGCAGAGUUUUCUCCAGGGUUGAGAGCUUCAUUGAACAUCAAGAUGCUUGCCAAAUGAGUCGUGGCCAGCCAGAAUCACAUGCAUCACGACUGGCUUGCUUGUCGCGAACAGCUUCGAGCCUCAAUCCGUCCAGUGAUACAAAUUUCAGUACGGUUCCAUGGCCUAGUUUGGAGUUGGAAAAGACAAUAGGUACCAUGUUGUUGUUGAGCCCUACGAAAGAUAAUUCCCCUAAAACCCCGCAUCACCACAACUUGGAACUUCAACUCUUAACCACACCAAAUCCAACCGAGGUCUCGGUUUCCCCUAAAAACCAUGAUCAUCAUUCGAUCCAAUUACAGCUCUCGAUCGGCUCAUCCAAUAUCGGUUCGGAAAAGGAAGAAACAAAAGAGAAACCAGCGACGCGAGCAGUGCCGCAGCGGUUAAGGUUGGCGAUGGCGGAAAAGGCUUAUGCCGAAGAUGCGAGACAACAAGCGAAAAGGCAGAUGAAAUUAGCCGAGCAUGAGCUUGCCAGGGCAAUGAGAAUCAGGCAACAAUCACAAUCUGAAUUGGCAAAGGCUCAAUCUUUAAAGAAGCAUGCAGUAAAUCGAAUCAAAUCCACCAUUCUUCAAAUUACAUGCCAUGCCUGCAAGCAGCGGUGUCAAGCUGAGGAGAACUACCUUGUUGUGAGUUACAUUUCAUCAGCUAUAACCCAAGGUGAAGUUGAAAUUGAUAUCCGAACAAAUCUAACAAAGAACACUAACAUAUAAACCAAUAUAUAUAUAUAUAUAUACAAAAAAUGAUUGUUUUUUGGUAAGUGUUGUAUCCUGCAAUUUGUGUGAUGUAAUUUGUUCUUUAAUUUGGUUCAAUGGGGAGAUAAAAUGAUCGAGUUUGUUGAGCAUUU